AUGUCUGUAGAUCUCCAGCCAGCCGAACUGGGCUUCCGACGCCCUUUCAACCGCGAAGUUACAGAGAUCCUCAAACUUACAAAUACCAAUACCCAGCCUGUGGCCUUCAAGGUUAAGACCACAGCCCCUAAGCAAUACUGUGUGCGACCGAAUUCGGGUAUCAUCGCACCCAAUGAAUCGGUCGACGUUCAAGUCCUCCUACAAGCUAUGAAGGAAGAACCUCCACUGGAUGCCAAAUGUCGGGAUAAGUUCCUCGUUCAGUCCGUUCUCACUUCAGCCGAUCAAGAUCCCAAUGUCACAACCCUUUGGCAAACGGUGGAGAAGACGGCCAAAAACACCAUCCAGGAAAGGAAGAUCCGUGUCAACUUCCUCCCGGCCGCAGCUGCUACACCCAACGGUGUGUCUUCCCACGAAGAACAACCGCCGGCCUAUUCCUCCCCGACGCCCCAAUUCGGUUCACCCGCUCAGCAAACCUCAACGAAUGCAUCCGCCGCGGAAUCCGUGAAGUCGGCUGUGACCAAUGCCGCGGAAGCAACUGGCCUCACCGCUGCCGCUUCCUCCGUUGCCACCGCUGUGCCCACGUCGAACGAAGACUUGAAGGAGCAGUUAGCAGCAGCAAAGGCCCAGAUUACAAAAUUGACAGGCCAACUGCAAGAUCCACAAUUCCGGCAGAGAAAGGCGCAAGAGGCGAACGAGAAAGUCCAGGCGGUCGUACAACAGAGCCACGAGUCAGGGGUCCCGUUGCAAAUCGUGGCUGCCCUAUGCCUUCUCAGCUUCCUCAUCGCUUACCUCUUUUUCUAG